ACACUGAGUUGGCGCAGCAGACAACUCUUCACCAUAUCGGUAAUAACGUUCCCGCUACAUGGUAAGGGGGAAUUGUCAGGUUUUGCUGAUUUGAUAUCAGAUUCAAAAUGCCUGUAAAUCAGACCAGAUCCAGGAUGAGAGAUCAGAAUGACCCGAUCAACAGACCCGAGUUUAUGUCACUGAACCAGCCUCUCAGAAAUAGCAACGAGGCACGGGGGACAUUACGGCGGCCUGGUUCACUGAAACGCCAGCCAUGCCAACAGCAGCAGCAGCAACCUCAAAAUGUACAGCAGGAGCCGCUUGAAAACAGCACUGAGGACCGCAGAGAAUCUGUUAAACUUCCAGAAGAGGAUUGCAUACAACUCAACCCCUCCUUUAAGGGCAUUGCAAUGAACUCUCUUAUGGCGAUUGAUAUAUGCAUGUCCAAAAGGCUUGGGGUUUGCGCAUAUGCUCACUCCUCGUGGGGCAGUGUGCGCUCCAUGGUCAACCUGCUUGCAUUCACUGGUCAUGGCAUCCCUUGGAUUAUUGGCACAAUUAUAUGUCUCACCAGAAGCAACACAAUGGCAGGACAAGAAGUUCUGGUCAAUUUGCUUCUUGUUUUCGUUCCCACCACUCUUGAGGAGUAUUAA